GUAUUACUGCCAACAAUAAUGGUCUGGAAGAAAGAAUCCUAGAAAGAAAAAUUAAUUUAGAUUGUUAAGUGUACACAACGUGCUCAAACUGUCUUUUUCAAGGGAUGGAUCCAAAAUAGAGCGCCACAGGUGCCGUUUUCCGGAUGGACGAGAGAGGGUUAACGUGCUUGAGCCCUCUCCAGCAGUCCGGAGGGGGCAGGCCGACGAGGGUAUAAGAGUUGCACUCGACCAUGUCCAUUGCUGACACUGAUUCUUCAUUCUCCAGUGAAGAAAAAAGCCUAUUCCGUCCGUUCACCCGCGAAUCACUGAGGGCCAUUGAACAGCGCAUAGCCGAAGAGCAUGCUAAACAGAAAGAACUUGAGGAAAAAAGAGCUGAAGGGGAGCCCUUGCCAUGGAAAAAAAAUAAAAAUAAAGACAUUCGGUAUGAGGACGAGGACGAAGAUGAAGGUCCCCAGCCGGACGCGACUCUGGAACAAGGAGCUCCCCUGCCGGUCCGUUUGGUUGGCACGUUCCCACCGGAAUUAGCGUCCGUACCGCUCGAGGAUAUCGACCCUUACUAUCACAAUCAAAAAACUUUUGUAGUAAUUAGCAAAGGAAAGGAUAUCUUCAGGUUCAGCGCCACCGACGGCCUUUGGGCACUCGACCCCUUCAACCCCAUCCGCCGGGUGGCUAUAUACAUACUAGUCCACCCGAUAUUUUCUGUAACAAUCAUCACUACUAUACUUACAAACUGUGUGUUCAUGAUAAUGCCCCCCACUCCAACUAUCGAAGCGUCCGAAGUAAUAUUUACCGGCAUCUACACAUUCGAAUCGGCUGUGAAAGUAAUGGCCCGAGGUUUCAUAUUAGAACACUUCACCUAUCUUAGAGAUGCAUGGAAUUGGCUAGACUUCAUUGUUAUUGCAUUAGCUUACGUUACUAUGGGUAUAGAACUUGGAAAUUUAGCUGUUCUUCGAACAUUUCGAGUACUGCGAGCGCUCAAAACUGUAGCCAUUGUGCCUGGAUUAAAGACUAUUGUUGGAGCUGUGAUAGAAUCCGUGAAAAACCUCAGGGAUGUCAUAAUAUUAACAAUAUUUUCACUAUCUGUGUUCGCAUUAUUGGGAUUACAAAUUUAUAUGGGUGUAUUAACGCAAAAGUGUAUCAAGGAGUUCCCCCUUGACGGUUCAGCUGGUAACUUAACCAACGAAAAUUGGUUUGCAUUCACGUCAAAUUCAUCAAAUUGGCAGAAAACAGAAGAAGAAGACUAUACGUUAUGCGGGAACGGUACAGGCGCGGGUCAAUGUCAGCCUGGCUACAUCUGUAUUCAAGGCUUUGGAAUGAAUCCCAACUACGGGUAUACUAGUUUUGAUACGUUCGCAUGGGCCUUACUGUCGGCGUUCAGGCUAAUGACUCAAGACAACUGGGAAGCCCUAUACCAACAGGUGUUAAGAGCCGCUGGACCGUGGCAUAUGUUCUUCUUCAUCGUCAUAAUUUUCCUCGGUUCGUUCUAUCUUGUCAAUUUGAUAUUGGCCAUCGUAGCGAUGUCCUAUGACGAGCUUCAGAAGAAAGCGGAAGAAGAAGAGGCGGCUGAAGAGGAAGCGAUCAGGGAAGCUGAACAAGCAGCCAAAGACAGAGAAGUUCGGAGGCAAGCUCACGAGGAGAGGGUGGCGGAACGUGCGGAAAGAGCGCGGCACGUCACCCAACAUCCGAAAUCGCCUUCGGACUUUUCGUGCCAAAGCUACGACAACAUGUUCGCUGGCCAGGAUCGAGGGAUUGGCGACGACAAUCACCGGGAGAAAAUGAGCUUACGGUCCGCGUCCAUGACGAGUCAUGACAAACAUUCGGAUACGGCUAGUGUCGAUCGGCAGAAUGGGAAAACGAGAAAAGCCAGUCUAAGCUUGCCAGGUUCUCCUUUCAAUAUCAGACGGGCUUCCCGUGGUAGCCAUCAAUUGUCACAUCGAAACGGGAGACCCAGAUUUACCGGAGCCGACACGAAGCCGUUGGUCUUAAACACGUUGCUCGACGCAGAGGAGCAUUUGCCUUAUGCGGACGAUUCUAACGCAGUAACUCCAAUGAGUGAGGAGAACGGCGCAAUCAUCGUGCCUGUAUCUUACGCUAACUUCGGGUCGAGACAUAGUAGUUAUACGUCUCACACGUCCCGGAUCACAUACACGUCACACGCAGAUCUGUUUAAACCACCAAUGACCAAAGAGAGACAGCUAAGAUCGAGGUCGGCCAGAAAUUAUUACAACCCUUCUGAACAGAGAUACUAUCAAGACGAUGAUUUCGAUUCGAGUUCCAUGUCGAAAUCGAAACAGCAGGUAGACGAAUGUGGCUACAAUGAUUCACAGAAACACACGGUUGUGGAUAUGAGAGACGUUAUGGUAUUGAACGACAUCAUCGAACAGGCGGCCGGUCGUCAUAGCCGAGGCAGCGAUAAAGCAGUGUCCACGGUGUACGUGUUUCCAACAGAUGAGGAGGCGAUUGAUGGCGAAGGCGAGGACGACGAGGACGACGAACCGACAUUCCGCGAGAAGUUCCAGGUGUGGCUGUUGAAGUUCAUCGACACGUUCUGUGUGUGGGACUGUGGAUGGCCCUGGCUCAAGUUUCAGCAAGGAUUAGCGUUCAUAGUAUUCGACCCGUUUGUUGAGCUUUACAUCACCCUGUGUAUCGUCGUCAAUACGUUGUUCAUGGCACUUGACCACCAUGAGAUGAACCCCAAAUUGGAUUUCGUGCUCAACAAAGCCAAUGUUUUUUUUAGCGCGACAUUCGGCGUGGAAGCUGCUCUCAAGCUGAUGGCGAUGAGUCCCAAAUACUACUUUCAAAUGGGUUGGAACAUCUUCGAUUUCAUCAUCGUCAUCCUAUCAGUUGUGGAACUGCUAUCAGCCGGCUACCAAGGUCUAUCAGUGUUACGUUCCUUUCGUUUGCUUCGAGUUUUCAAGUUAGCGAAAUCGUGGCCCACGCUGAAUCUUUUAAUAUCCAUUAUGGGUCGAACCAUUGGUGCAUUGGGUAACCUGACGUUCGUGUUGUGCAUAAUCAUAUUCAUAUUCGCCGUCAUGGGUAUGCAGCUUUUUGGGAAAAGCUACACAGAGAAAGUACACUUAUUCAAAGACCAAGAACUGCCCAGGUGGAACUUCACUGAUUUUUUACACUCGUUUAUGAUAGUAUUUCGCGUGUUGUGCGGCGAAUGGAUCGAAUCUAUGUGGGACUGCUUACUCGUCGCCGAAUCGACGUGUAUACCAUUUUUCUUGGCUACCGUUGUCAUCGGUAACCUCGUGGUGCUUAACCUUUUCUUAGCGUUGUUGCUGAGUAAUUUUGGCUCAUCCAACCUGUCAGUGCCUACGGCCGACAGCGAUACAAACAAGAUUACCGAAGCAUUUGAACGCAUUGGCCGAUUCAACAAAUGGGUGAAAACGCGUAUAAUGGACUUUCUUAAAGCACUCAGAGCGAAACUCACCAAUCAGAUAUCGGUUCAGGCGUCAGGUGAGGCCUGCCUAAACUACAGUUGGGACCAAGGUCGUGAUAGAGAUAUAGACUUGCCUGCUGACGAGGUUAUUGUAGACGUUAUAACACCUUUUAAAGACAGUAAGGAGCCAGUGGAGAUGACAAUUGGUGACGGAAUGGAAUUUACUAUACCAGGAGAUGUAAAGCAAAAAAUUAAAAGGAACCAAGUUGCGAAUUCAAUUGGAAAUCACCAAGGAAACAAAGUUGGAAAUGACUACAAAAAAGAAAGUUUCGACCUGGAUAGUUUAAAAUGCUAGCAUAUAAUUAACUCGGCUGUUAGAACUGCUUCAGUCGGCUACUCACCAUGCUGUUUAGGAAAACAGCUCACUUUCUCUCUUUUUUCCUAAUAAAUACAAUGAACAAAAAAAAGAGAACCCAAACAAAGCACUGAGCAAUUUAAGUUUCUAACAUUUGUCUCUGUAAGAAACACCAUAAGUAAAUUACACUUACAUCGUUCAAUGAAGAAAAAUUGCGAUAUUUUCUUCUUGACUACUUACUAGGGAUCGAAUUAUUGCAUAAAAGAAAUAUAUUUAUGUUUGUUUCAUCA